AUGUCUUCUAUCGGUCAACUACCAAUUGAGCUCCGUGUCCAUCCAAAAGAAUGGGAUGCGGGCCCGGCGUAUGAGCGGUAUCCUCUCUCCCUCAUGGGCCACAUCAUGCCUAAGAUCUACGUCCCGGUUGUCGAAGUCUUUGCCUUGCCAGAGACGAUUGAAGCCGAAGCAACUGUCCAGAACCUGACAGCCGGGUUGGAGUUUGCUAUAUCGCAGUUCCCCAUCCUUUCCGGUGUCUUGGAGAUGGACGCAACCACUGGACGGAUGUGGGUGGCUAGACGGCGGGACUCCACUGUUAGCCUACACGUCAAGUACAUGCUGCGUGAAGACGACUUUCCUAGCUAUAAGGAGCUGGCUGAAAAAGAUUUUCCACCAGGCUCUCUUACGGGUAGUCAGCUUCUUCCGGAAUUUGUCACAGCCAAACAGCUUCACUCUCCUCUUGGAGACAACAAUGAAGACGGAAUUACUGUCGCAGCCUUUCAGCUCAACUUCAUUCGGGGCGGCCUUAUUAUUGGCCUGGCAAUCCACCACUCUGUGUCCGAUGGCCCGGGAUGUGAUGGAUUCCUGACUACCUGGGCAGAGAACACCGUUGCAGCAGCAAAGGGAGACCCUUUCAUCCCUGCAAAGCAACAGUUUGGCAUACGAGGAUCUCCAUUGGAUGUCGAAAGCCCAACAAGCGAUCGAAUGGAGGAACUCAAAAGCAAACUUGCUGUUGUGAAGGAUGCUGGUGGCCCAAUGCCGCUACCACCAGCCGACUUCAAAAUGCCAUCCUUGGUUCCGCAAAUGUGGCACUUUGCGAAAAGUAAGACUGACCUUCUCAAGAAAAAGGCAUCUAGCGAAGGCGGUAGCUGGAUCUCCACGUAUGAUGCCAUCAUGGCUGUUUUAUGGAGCAGUGUUACGCGCGCAAAGCUGGAAAUGCUUCACCCAAAUUUGGAGUCCAAGGCAACUCUAGUUCAUGCUGUCGAUACCAGGAAAGUCUGGGAACCUCCGCUUUCCGAGCGUUUCAUGGGCGUCGGAACUUCCGCAGCACGUUGCGAGCCGUUGACAGUCAAGGACAUCAUCGCUCCAGGGAAUCUUCCCAAGCUAGCCACUGCGGUGCGAGCAUCGAUUACUGCCAUGACCCCACAGUACCUCAGCGGCCUGCUUCAGUGGAUUGCCGGACACGAAGACCAGCGAUGGCUAGAGAUCAAUGUCAACUCUUUCUUGGGUAUGGAUUUCGGGGGCUCCAGUUGGCAGGGAAUGAAGGUGUAUGAGACGCACGAUUUCGGCUUUGGGUUGCCCAGUGCGCUGAGGUGGCCAAGCCCGGCUUUAGAAGGCUUUGUGCUUCUGUAUCCCAGCCGAGCGGGGACUAGAGAUGCAAAGAAUGACGAAGGAAUUGAAGUGUGUGUUUGCUUGGAGGAGAGCUGUCAAAAAAGGUUGAUGGAAGAUCAAGUGCUUUUGGAAUAUGCGGAGCUGAGGGGAUUGUAA